AGCUCAGGUAGCGACAAUCGCGGCUGGGGCGCGGUUGGAACAAAGGGGAUGGAAUUCAUGCAUAAGCCUGACGUUGGUAUUUCUCAGGUAUUACGUCUCAGCACCUGGUGUAAAGCGAAAGUAAAAGUAGUCAAUGUUAAGAAAGACGACAUUCUGUAUAAAGAUUGAGCUGAUUUAAUCAAAGCGUAUAUAUGUUUAUACGUUUAAAUAUGGGGUGAAUUUUGCCUGUCGAGAGAAACAUGGUUCUUUAGGUAAGAUAAAAAUAAUAAGCAAGCAAAGGAUGAAAAUGAAGAUCAAAAGUCUCACUAUUAUAUUAAUUUUUAUCAAGGUCGUUGUUCACUCUAAUGGUUUCCUGCUACACGGCUCUGCUGGUCCUCUAACAGCCCGGCUGGGAGGAGCUGUACUGCUGCCCUGCUUUGUGGACAGACCCCUGCCUUUGGAGGAGCUGGAGGUGGACUGGAGAAGGACUGAUUCAGGCACCAUCGUGCACCUAUUCCAGGGGGGUCAGAGCAGACCUGAAUCACAGGGGGACGCCUACAGGGACAGAGCCCACUUCUUCACUCAGGAAAUCCCCAAAGGCAACUUCUCUCUGCUGCUUGAGGGUGUGAGGACUGCAGAUGUAGGAAGUUACGAGUGUGUGGUUUAUACAGAGCAGGAGAACCAUGAAACACGGGUGGAAAUACAGGAAGUAGAGCGGCUGGUGGUGACGGGUGCAGAUGAGCCUGUCUAUGCACAUGCUGGAGAGGAUGUGACUCUCAGCUGCUCUGUGGACACCCAUGUUAAUGUGGCAGAGCUUCAGGUGGAAUGGAUAAAGACAGACGGUGACAUCUUGGUGCUUCUGUAUGCUGAUGGAGGGAACAGACCAGAGUCACAGGAUGACAGAUACUCUGGAAGAGCUGAAUUCUUCACUGAGGAAAUUUCCAAAGGAAACUUCUCAAUGAAACUGAGGAAAGUCAGGCUGGAAGACAUAGGAGAGUUCAGGUGUGAAGUCCACUCAGAUACUGAUUCUAAUAGUACAACAGCCAGGAUAGCAGCACUGGGUUAUUCAUCCCUGCAUUGGCUGAUUCUGGGCCUGUGCAUCACUGUGACACCUGCAGUCCUACUUACUGGUGCUUUAUCUGUCAGGCAUUUUAUAAAGAAAAGUGAAGGCAGACAGGCUCUGUUGAGUCACUGGUCACUUGUCGCAGUUCCAUCAGUUAUGGUUUCCUCAGUCUUCAUCCUGUGGGGUGUAAUUGAAGGUUCCACAGAAGAGGCUGUUACCUGUACUGUCAUCACUCUGCUGAAUAUCCUGAUGUUGUUUAAUAUGAAUCGAAAACGAUUAUAUCCAGAUAUGCAAUUAAGAACUAUGUAUCUGAUUCAGACAGUAGGAAGCAUCAUCAUCAUCUCAACUGUUUGCACAGUUCCUAUAGUCAAGUUUUCGACAAAAUAUUCUGCAACCACAGAUGGGAAUGUAACAAGAGGAGGCUUUGUAGGUGGAUUUGUACUUAUGAUUAUCUUUAUGGCUUCUAUGCAGGUUUUAUUGUAUUUCAUGUAUUUUAAAUUUUUUUUAUUGGCUGCAUUGCGAGAGAGACUAAAGAAAACACUAUGGGCCAUGUCUGUAUUUCUGAUAAUCAUGGUUUUAGUCGCAGUUGGUGUUGGUGUGUUUCUUACCAAUUAUUUUUUUGGAAGAGCAGAAAUAUCAGACAUUGGACCGUUUUUGACUGUUUUCAUAGUUCCGAUGAUUGCGUUCUUAAUCCCAUUUGUUGGGUUUGGGAUUCUUAUGAUUCGAUCCCUAAUGGCGGGAGCUGGAUUUUAUACAUUAUUUUACUUUUUCCGCAGUCUAACCGUGAUGUUUAAUAUGCAGAUCCUGACUCUUCAUAUCCAGCUUAUUGCCUGGGUACAAGACACCUUUUUACUUCGAUAUUUAAUCCCGAUUAUAGUCGCUUGUUUGGGAAUAUGUGCGUGCUUUAUUGCCAAGAUAUUUCUGCGCUCAUUCAGACAUUUCUAUCUGGCUCAGAAAAUCCUUUUGGGGAUUUUAUUCUCACUGCACCUAAUAUUAGGUCUCCUGUAUCUAAUUCCGGUUUUAGACAAUGACAAAGUUCAGACCACAGGACGACCUGUAAAGAUCUGCGAGUUUGUGUUCAUCUACAUUCUGAUUGUCACAAACAAUGAUGACUGGAAUCGGGACGAGCACCUUGCCAAACCCCGUAAAUAUGUAUAUUUCUCAGGGGCUUUUGGUCUCCCUCUCCUGAAUUCUGCUGCCCUGGCUGUAGCAUUAAAGCUCAAAGCAGAGACAGGAAAACAGCCACUGGAUCUACGGCUGAUUGUCCUGAUUUCUGGGUCUGUCUUCCUCUUUAGCUGGUUUGUUAUACAGAUGUCUGCAUACUAUUUGUCAAAAAAAAGAACGUGAGUAGAC